UCAGUCAAUGAAUUGAAGGAAGUCGAUGAAGGGAUUAUUAUUUACUUAUUUCUCAAUAAUUCUUACUAGAUUCAAUCAAAAAAUUCAUUCACAACAAUGUCAUCGUCCUUUAAUAAGAUGAUUAUCAUCGUUGGAUUCAUAUCUCUAUUCCAUUCGGCGUUUUCUGCCGCACAACAUCGAUCAUACCUACGAAUAACUGCACAAGAGUUCACCGGGUUACCUUUGGACAUUGUAGUUCAAGCAGUAACCAGCCUAUUUGCAGUAAUGUGGGGAGUCUUAAAUGUAGCUGGCAACCUCCGUGAGAUCCAUGCUGCAGCAGAGCUCAAUGCCAUCAAAUGGGACACCCAGCGCAAUCUGCCCUCAUUCUACAUCUUUAACCAUCGGGGCAAGGCUCUGUCUGCCGAGUACCUACCUCCUAGUAGCAAGGCAGAAUUAGAACAUUUAGAAUAAUGUAGGUUUAUUAUUUAUUGUGUAUAAGGGUAAAUAAAUUGGUUAAUUUAU